GCAAAUCUUCACCGUGGCGGCGUCAUUCGAGCAACCUGGCUUCUUACAGCCUCCUUUGGGAUUUGGCUUUCUCUAUGACCAGGGCACCGGAAUCGUGCCUGCCACGACGACGCUGAUUGCGGAAACCGCAGUUCACGAACACGACAAUCGUAGGAGCUCUACCUCAACCUCCAGCCCCCGGCCUGCGAAAAGACCACGGCAAACACAACGGGGCGAUAACACUCGAAGAGCUGCUGGUGGCGAGCAGCAGCACGGAAAAGCCAUGUCCAGCGAUGGGGCCGCCAACACCCCCGGCGCAACCGACAAAGCAGCCCAGGAUAGCAAGCCCAAGAGGGUGCGCACUGGGUGUUUGACGUGCAGAGAGAGGCAUUUGAAAUGUGACGAGGCCCAGCCAGUCUGCCACAAUUGCCAGAAGUCCAGCCGGCAGUGCAAACGGGGCAUCAGGCUGAACUUUAUCGACACCACUGUCGCAAUUCCACCGACACAGCUUGUACCCACCCAUGAGUGGACAAUUGCAUUCCACGACGAGUCGAGGGACAUCGCGAGCGAGUACAAGGGCGGGCUUGGAAGAUACGGCCGCGCUGAGAAUGAGCCGAUUCCACCGGAAAGCAAUGCUUUCUUCAUGGACAUACCGAAUGGCAUGCCACCUCCACCUACUGCUGCACAGCAACCUCUUCCUGCUAUUCAAGGCAUGCGAGCGUAUCCAGAAGAACCUCAGAACAUGAUCUACGAACACCAGCGGGCACCCUCCCACCACCACACACACUCCCACUCCGAGUCGACUUAUUCUGGCUCCAAUGUUGCACCUGCAGGGUCGUCGUACCAGACCCCAGAGCAGUCCCGGACUCCACCAGAAGGUGCACGUGAUUAUCUCGACACACAGGAAGAAACUCUUUUCAUGCAGGUAUUUGUUGAAGAAGUGGGAUUGUGGAUGGACAGCAUGGACCCGAUGAAACACUUCUCGCGACUACUUCCGUUUCAUGCCCUGGGCGAACCCAUGCUGCUUAACGCCUUCUUGGCAUGCGGUGCACGACAUCUCGCGCUUGUGAACCCCAAGUACAGCGAGGACAAGGCAUUGCAUUAUUACGACACGGCCACGCGCUAUUUGCUCAGCUCGCUACAGAACCCAAAUCGUGAUACCGUCAUCUGUGCAACCACAGCAGUCAUCUUGAACGUUUACGAGAUUAUGUGCGAGCGGGCUCUCCAGCGGAUGAACCACAUCGCAGGGGCCCGGGCAUUGAUCAAAGAGUGUGGCUGGAAUGCGAGGUCGACAGGUAUUGGUGCCGCGUGUUUCUGGCUCAAUGUUGGCAUGGAACUCCUCAGCUGUCUGCACUUCAAUUGGCAAGUAGCUUGGCAUCCCGACGAGUGGGGCGUCGACAUGGACUUUUCCAAAGAGACCGAAUAUGGGCGAGAGGAGGUGUGGACAUAUCGAAUCGUCUACAUUGUAGCAAAAGUCGCCAACUUCCGUGCUUCAAUACCGAGAACUCAGGAAUCGUCACCCCGGCAGGAAAAUCUGCGCCUCCAGAACCGCUACAAUGAAUGGAAGCGGCUCAAGGAGCUCGCCGAUUUAUGGAAUGAAAGCAUCCCACGGACGAUGCACCCCUUGGCCUAUCUGUAUCCAGGCCAAACACUUUCUGGAUCCGCCUUUCCGGAAGUAUGGCUGAUUAAGAGGACCUCAAUCGUAGCCCGACUCUUCUACCACACCUGUAUGUGCCUUCUAGCGCAAAUAAACCCUGUGGCGGGACCAGAUGACCCCGAGAUGCAUGAUCUGCAACACCGACACUCUCAAUUCAUUUGCGGCAUCAGUGCACACGUCAAGGACCGUGGUGUUGCAAGCGUUGCUCUUCGAUCUCUCGCCAUUGCUGCUGAAUGUUUGACCACCCGACGCGAGCAGGAAGAGGUUCUUCAAAUCUUCAACAAGAUACGCCAGGAGACGGGGUGGCGGGUUGGUUUCUUGAACAAUGAGCUCAAGGAAAAAUGGGGUUGGAAUAACGCCGACACCCAACCUCCUCAAGAGCAAAAUGUCAAUGCCAACAUACAGAACAAUGGAGCCAACCACGUUGUCUACCAACAGCCCACACUUCAACCGCAGGUCACUCUCCAACCCAUGAUACCACCGACUUCGCUGCCCCCGGCGCCUCCUGUCCAACGCUCACGCCCUCCUAUGGGGAUCAUCAACCCCUUUCUAGCUGAGGCCGACUUCAAUAUGCCCCACCAUCCAUACCACGAGGUCUAUGUCGCGCCGAACCCAGCUCAUCAACCCCUUCAUCCACUGAUCCAACCCAACUCCUAUUUCUGAGCCUCAGUUCUUCUUACCCGCUCUAAUUCUUCAUCAUCGCUCUGCUACAAUUCUGCUUUGUAUUCUACAUUCUCGAUGACAUGCAUUGUUUUGCGGAGGUGGGUACAGGGAUCAUUCUGGUCUGUCAAUUUCCAAUGGAUACCUCAUCGUUUCCCAUUCCUAAUACUGUGUGCUUUCGCAGUCUUAGUCCUCUCUUGCUUUCCGC